AUGACUUCAUCUGCCAAGGCCAAACACUCAUCAACACCAAAGAAGUGUAAUAUAUGCCAGAAACUUGCUGGAAUCAUGCUAUGUGCAGGAUGUGAACAGAUGUUCUGUCGAAAAGACUUCAAUGAACAUCGACAGCAACUCUCAGCACAACUCGACAUCAUCAUCCGAGAGCACGACUUUCUCAAACAAAACAUCGAACAGACAUGUGAUGCCACUAGUUCAAGGCUGUUCGAUGAGAUUGAGAAGUGGGAGAUGGAGUGGAUGAAGAAGGUGAAGAUGGCUGCUGAUCGAGCACGAGAAGAAGUACAUGACAUUGUUACUGAGCCGAAGAAGCAGCUGAAACGAAUCACAGAUGAUAUUCGACCGAGAAUGGCGGAGGAAGACUUUGUGGAGUAUGAUCUCGAUCGAUGGAUGGAUGAAAUAACAGAGCUGAGUGCGGAUAUCAGGACCAUAUCAUCGACCAUCGUGAUCGAAAGUGGUGAUGAGUGUGAGUGGAAGAGAAUGAUCAAAGUGAGAAAGAUGGAGCAUCAGAGUCAUGUGUCAGAGUCACCACACAGAAGUGAGAAGAAAGACAGUGAAGUGAAACAAUUCGACUUCAACAAACUUAAAGAGAAACCACAGCGACAGAUCACAGUGGAUGGAGAUUAUGGAUCAAUGGGAGUAUCAGACAUAAACUUGCUCUACUGUGGCAAAGACACACUGUGUUUGACUGAUCGAACUGGUCAUAAGACUAACACGCUUCAGUCUGGCGGACUGGCUGUCUGGGAUAUCUGUUGGUCAUCGUUUCUUGACAGAUUUCUGAUAGUGACUCCGAGAACUCUUCGUUCAUUGAAUGUCCGAACAAGAGAAGUGACACAAAUCAAACAAGUAUCAGACAAGAAUAAAGCAGACUUUUGCAGAUGUACAUGUUCGAAUCAGACAUUGUUGGUCAGUUUUGAACAUAGAGGAUCAGUUGUGGAAGAGUGGAAUAUGAGUGGAGAAUGGAAAAUGAUGAGACGAUGGCAACCACCUGUGUCCUGUCAACAGAAUGAGUGGAUAUGUGAAAUUGGAUUUUCAUGUGAUGGCAGUCGUAUAGGAGUAGCAGUGUGGGUAGAUGAUCAAUACGAUCAGGUUCAAGUACGAGAUCGAUCGAUGAACAUCCUCAAGAACAUCACAUUUCGUUGUUCGGCAUUUGGGUAUUUUCUUCUCUCUCUUCCAAAUGGACAGUGGUUGACACAUGAGCUGAAGAAUAAAGAACUUCGUAUAAUUGACAAAGAUGGUAUAUUACAACAAACUCUCACAUAUGAUAAGAGUGUGAGAACGACAGCACUAUUUGGACAAAGAUGUCUAGUUAUUCGAACAGACGACAAUGAACUCUGUUUUCAUGAUCUAUGA